AUGGGUUGGUGGUGGUCAUCAUCAACCUCCAGCGACAACAAAAAUGCGCAACCACAACAGCCAGAUAACAUUCCACCACCGCAACAACAAUCAGAACCAAAACCGAAUCGACAAUUAACGCGCGAAGAACAAGCCGAUGCCGAAUUACGCGAUUUUCUCAAAAGCCUCGAGUCCUCAAUCACACCUCCCACAUCGCAACCCUCAGUCUCUACAUCAACCACAACAGCAUCUCCCACGGACCAACGUUUCGACACUCCCACAUCAGAAUCCUCCAUAUCCCCCGACUCCCUCUACCCAGACACCAUGUCCUGCCGCUCCGCCUUUGACUACGCCUUCUUCUGCCAAUCCUUCGGCGGACAAUGGGUAAACGUCUACCGGUACGGCGAACUACGCAGCUGCAGCGAACACUGGGAGAAUUUCUGGCUAUGCAUGAAAGCGCGCGGAAUAAGCGACGAUAAUACGAGAAAGGAAAUGAUUAGGAAUCAUUAUCGGAAAAAGGCGGUGAAAUAUAAGACGGGGCCGAGUAGUGAGGAUGUUUGGGAGGUGAGGAUGGAGCCGUUGAAGGGGGCUUUUCAGGGAGAUUGGGAGAAGUUGGAGAGAGAGAUGAAUUUGGCAGAGAAGCAGCAGCAGGAGAAGAAUCAGGGUAUUCCAGAAAAGGAGAUUGGAUAUACCCAUUUCAACUCUUAUACUUGGUAG